UGCAGCAAGAUUGGUGACUGGAAGCUGAUUUGCACAACGCUUGGCUGUGACGAUGAAUUCAUCCACAGAUUCGAGCAGCAGUACCAUGACGACGCCUACCUCUGUUGUUACCAUGCUCUGAGGACCUGGCGUGACACCUCUAAACUCAGCUAUGACGACAAGGUCGACAUCUUGUGCCAGAUACUUAGUAUCUGUGGCUACACUGACUGCGCCGGAAUUAUCUACGACAAGCAUCGCACCGAGACCAGUAUUGUGUUCUGCGACAACCAGAUCGACAUUUACAGCAAGAAGUUGAGCGAUGACUGGAGGGCGUUCUGCAUAGCCUUGGGCUGCGAUCACGACUUCAUCAGUAAGAUCGAUCAACAAUGUGGCCAUGACGCCUACCUGUGUAUCAGCACUGCCCUCAAGUACUGGCGUGAUACUGUGGACUGCAGCUAUGUUGAGAAGAUUGACCGCUUCUGCCAUGCUUGUGACAGCUGUGGCUUCUACGACAUUUCGGUGGACUGCAGAGACAACUUCCGUCAUGAGGUUCAUGUUACUUCUUUGCGCUACGAGACGUCUUCUGCCUACAAGACUGGUUCCAUCGUCGUUACAGGACUUGCCCUUUGUGACGACACCAUUGACAUUGUGUGCAAGACCAUCGGUGGCAGCUGGAAGCACGUCUGCUCGGCCCUCGGCUGCGACGAUCAGUUCAUCACCAAGAUCGAAAACGAAUGUGGAAGCGACUCGUUCUACUGCUGCUCUACUGCUCUGAAGACAUGGCGUGAUACUGUUGACGUAGACUAUGCUACAAAGGUCUCCGUGUUCUGUUCCGCUCUUCGCACCUGUGGCUUCACUAAGACAGCCAUUUCGGUGUCGUCGAAGUACCGCACAGAGCUGUGCGUGGCCCUGUCUGAUCACCACAUCGACAUCUACUGUAAGACUAUCAGUGGCGACUGGAAGACCAUCUGCCAGGUCCUUGGAUGUGAUGAAGCAUUCAUCACUAAGAUUGCAGAUCAAUGCGGCUCGGACAACUAUCUGUGCUGCAGCACUGCUCUCAAGACAUGGCGUAACACUGUGGACUGCUCAUACAGGGAGAAGGUGGAUCUGUUCUGUAACGCAUGUGACGUCUGCGGAUAUCUGGAGGUGUCUCACGACUGCAGAGGCCUCUACGAUGAUGAAGUGUUCGUCUCAGCAACCAGCGUGAGCACUGGAUCUACAUCUGUUGUCAGCACAGGCUCCACUGAAUUCACAUCAACCAGCUUGAUCACAGGAUCUACAUCAGUUGUCAGCACAAGCUCCACUGAGUUCAGCACCGGUACAGGCGUGGUGGUCACAGGUACCUCCGCCACCAAGUCAGGCUGCUGCCCGGGCGUGACGGACGACUCUGCCUGCCCGGUGUGUCCACCUGGACAGGUCUGCGACGGAACAAAGUGCGUGUCGCCCACAGACUGCCCAUGUAUCCACGAUGGCGCUGUCAAGAAGGCUGGUGCUAUCUGGAGGGAGGAUCGUGGCUGUGUCAAGUGCGUGUGUCUGAACGGACUGGUCAACUGCGUCCACGAACACUGUGAUGUCACAAGCUGCCCAAGCGGCUACCGUAUGCACUUCUCUGAAGACUCCUGCUGUCCCACGUGCGAGCCCGACCACUGCAGCCCCGUGGAGAGCGUGUGCCACGUCACAGGUGCCUGCAUCCCGUCCGCAUGGUGGUGUGACGGCAACGAGGACUGUCCCAACGGAGAGGAUGAAGAGAAGUGUGGAGUGUUCACAGUCAGUGUGCCAACCAAGCCACCAAAGUCUGGCGAGUGCAAGUACAACCUGAAGUCAUACCCAGUGGGCGCCACAAGGACUACUGGUCCUAACUGCUGCGGAACAUGCACUUGCAUGGCUGACUUCACCUGGGAUUGUGAUACAACAGACUGCGAGCAAGCCACCUGCAUGAACAACAAGGACUUCGUGAAGACGUUCGAUGACAAGAGCUACACCGGAGACAUCUGCAGCCACGUUCUGGCCAAGGAUUGUGCCGGAGAGUCGUUCGAGGUCGAAGUGAACCGCCGUCUGGACGGUACAUGGCUGAAGGUCACGGUUGGAUCUGACGUCUUCGUGCUGCGUGGCUCCGGUGAGAGCAUCGACUACAACUCGAACGCCGUGGCACCUAGCCAGUUCUCCUCCCUGUCCAACGGCCUGUCUGGAGUCACUGUGUCCGCCCCUGGUAACCAGUAUGUGAUCACUGCUGACAUCGGUCUGACUGUGUACUGGUGCGGCCAGGAGGCCCGUAUUGUUGUUGACCAGAGGAUGCUGGGCAAGACUUGCGGUCUGUGCGGCGUGUACAACAACAAGCCAAAGGAUGACUUCACUUCAAGCAGCAACAUGGUGGUUACAAACGUGGGUACGUUCAUGAACAGCUGGAUUGCCGACACGGCUGCCACAUGUGAGGCACCGAAGACGUGCCUGGCUGACUCUGACCGUGCCAACAAGGCCGCCAAGCUCUGCAAGGACCUUAUUGACGGCUCUGGAGCCUUCUCCUUCUGUCACGGCACCGAGCCAGUGGACAGUUACUACCAGAUGUGUCUGGAAGACGUCUGCGCAUGCCUGGAGAAGGGAGAGUCCGGUGAAGAGUGCAGAUGCUGCUCUAUGACGUCAUAUGCUACCAGCUGUAGGGACGCCGGCGUCAGAUUGGACUGGAGGACACCAAAGCGUUGUCCUGGCAAGUGCGAGUACCCGAUGGUCUGGCGUGAGGACGGUCCUGGCUGCCCGACGACUUGUGAGAACAUGAUGGACGAGGUGACUGAUUGUAGUGUGAAGCCGGUGUCUGGCUGCUUCUGCCCGGGCAACAUGGUCAUGAAGAACGGAAAGUGUGUCGCUCCAGAGGAGUGUACUAACUGCUUCUGCUAUGGCUUCAACGCUCCUCACUACCACACGUUCGACGGCAAGUUCUUCAACUACCAGUCCAACUGCAGCUACGUGCUGGCCCGCGGCUCCACCAACAUGCACGGCUUCGAGGUGGUGCAGGACCGCCAGGUCUGCAAGAAGACCGCCGGAGCCAACUGCAAGGAGGCCAUCACUGUGCUGUACGACGGUACCGAGGUGGUGCUGAUGGACAACCUGAAGGUUAUGGUGAACGGCGCCAUGGCUGGUAUCCCAGUCACCGUGGGUGAUCUGGUGGUGGAACGUUCGGGUCAGACCCUGUCUGUCCGUGCCGACACCAUCAACCUGCGUGUGGAGUACUCCGUCACCAACCACGGAUUCGCCAUCAACGUGCCCAUCAGCGACUUCUACGACGGAACCGAGGGUCUCUGUGGCCGCUGUAACAACGACUUGGAAGACGACUUCUGCAAGAGCACCGGUGACGUGGCUACCUCGGCCAUGCGCUUCGCCUAUGACUGGAAGAAGUCGGGAGAGGUCUGCUGGGAGAUCGCCCCGACCCUGCCGCCUGUCGUGCCGCCAGAGUGUCCGGAGUGUGACGUCAUCUACGGAGAAGUCUUCGUUGGCUGUCACCAUCUUGUGGACCCGACUCCGUUCCAUGAUGCCUGUCGCUUCGAUGUGGAGACUAUGGACAAGAGCUUCAACAAGGAGUGCGACGCCCUGGCUACCUACGCCCACAUGUGCGCUAUCGCCGGUGUCUGCCUCGACUGGCGCUCCGGAAGCCUGUGCCCGAUGAUGUGCAAGCCAGGCACGAAGUACACCGAGUGUGGACCUGACCACGAGCGCACCUGUGACAACCACGAGACAGUCAAGGCUAUCAAGGGCGCUACCGCUGGCUGCUUCUGUUCUGGUGACGAGGUCAUGCUCAACGGCAAGUGUGUCGCUGUGGAGGAAUGCCCGGUGUGUGUCGACAAGGACGGCAACGGCUACCAGUUGGGUGAAACCUGGAACAACGGAGUAUGUACUUCAUGCCAGUGUCUGGCUGAGGGCUCUAUCUACUGCACACACAAGGAAUGUAUGAAGGUCGAACUGAACUGCGAUGUUGGCGAAACAUUGGAAGUCACUGUCGAGGACGAAUGCUGCCCACAGAAGGAAUGCGUCUGUCACCCGGAGAACUGCCCAGUUACUCCGACAUGCGAGCCUGGCUAUGAAACCAAGAAGGUCGAGUCUAAGUACGCCACAUGUUGCGAGGAGUACAAGUGCGUCAAGAUCAAGCGCGAGAACGAGUGUGUGUUGGCCGACAAGGUGUACAACGUUGGUGAGACCUGGUAUCACAACGACGACAAGUGCAGCAAGUGCGAGUGUGUGAAGGGCGACGACGGCUCCGCCUUCGAGAGCUGCUUCAGCACGUUCUGCAAGCCUGUGGACGAGACCUGCCCGCCGGAGUUCGUCAAGUACGACGAGGAUGGCUGCUGCCAGUAUUGUGACAUGCCACGUGUUGCAGGCUGCUCUGUCCAAUCGGAAGUCAAGUACAUGUACAUGCGCAAGCGUCAGUACAAGAACGGCGAGCCAACUGGUGUGGUCAUCGACUGCCAAUCGUCCACUCAGAUCAACUUGGCUACCUGCGAGGGUGUGUGCCAGUCCAAGUCUAUCUACAGCCUCUACAGUAACAGUUACGAGAAGAGUUGUAACUGCUGUACCGCCAGCGAGACCAAGGAUAUCGAGGUCCAAUUUGGCUGUGGAGACGGCUCCACCAUCAAGCGCAAGUUCGCCAUCGCCACCGCCUGUACUUGUGAGGAGACCGACUGCAAACCCGAACAGUAACUCCCGACCCGACCCGACCGCUCUAACACGGACAACGACUACGGAAUCUUUAGUCUAGAUUUCCUUAUCGGCAGUAGGUUAUAGAAACCGAUCCAACCACGAGGCCUACCAUAAAGAGAAGGAUAACACACCUGACUGAAUGGCCAACAUUAUUGACGACAACUUCUUAUGAAGUAAAGUAGGAGUAGUUAGGAGACCUCUCAGACCAUCGAGAGGGGGUUGAUAGGUGGGGAUUGGCGGGAGGGCCGUCGUGGUAACUGAAGGUGCUGGUGUGAUCGUGUAAAAUGGACUUAACGGAUUGUUGCCUGUCUGUACCAAACGUGGUUUCUAGUCGUUACGUAAAAAAAUGCGGGAUUCUUGAUAUAACAUCUGACGUAGCGGCUGGUAUCGCAAUGGUGCAUUUAUAAAAAAAAGUCUAUGAAUGUUUGUGUGUUGUGUUGUGUGUCUAGAGCUAGUAAUGUGUGUUUGCCGAUAAGGAAAUGAAGCAAUAAAAUUCACAAAAUGUGA